AUGAAUAACUCGUCAACACUGCCAAUUGUUGCUAACGAUGCUUAUCUAACUUUGAACAUUCGCUACACACUGAUUGCUCUUCCUUUUUUAUUUACUCUUGCUCUCGUAACUAAUUCUCUGAAUCUCAUCAUUUUAUGUCGUCGUAUGUUACUUCAACACUCAUGCACUCAUUACUUUAUUGCUCAAUCUUCGUCCAAUAUUCUUUAUACCAUUGUUGUUCUCAUCGUUGAUUGGAUCAAUACAGUUUUUCCAAUGAAUUUAGCGACAAGAUCAUUACCAGAAUGUCGAAUCUAUGCUUAUCUUUCCUCUGUGACAGCUGUCAGCAGUGUUUACAUGCUUGUAUUGGCAUCUAUUGAUCGUUGGUGUGCGAGUGCAACAAGCGAAUUUAUUCGCCGUUGGAUUAAAGUCAAAAUAGCACGUCGAGCCAUCUGUACACUAUACAUAAUCGUCGCUAGCUACCGUAUGGAAGUUCUAUUUACAUAUAAUGUUGUUCAAGGUCAAUGCAUAUGGACAGCCAGUAUAGUCGAUCAAAUUGUCUUUAUAAUCACUUUUUAUGUAAUUCCACAUAUUUUUAAUCUUUUAUUUGGAUUUAUGACUAUUAAAAAUGUUCAUAUCACCCGAAUUCGACCAAUGGCUAUAACAAGCGUUACAAGACAGAGAACAACAACAAGUCAACAACUUCAACAACAGCAAAAUAGUAGACGACGUACAGAAGGUCAACUCAUCCGCAUGCUCUUAGCACAAGUAUUGAUCAGUAUAAUAUUCUUCGGCCCGUAUGCUAUUUUUCGUCUGCUCAUUUUUUUCAAACUUAUUCAGCUGACAGGCAUAUUGAGUUUUGGUUAUCGUCUCUCUGUGUCUUGGAUGAGUCUUGCUUAUGGAACAUCUCUUUUUGCUUAUAUACUCAGUGGAACUAUCUAUCGCACUGAAUUAAUUCAAGUCUUGAAGAAAAGUCUUGAAUAUUUGAAAAGGGUGACACCAUAA